AAACAUUCCUGGAGUUGCGCCCCCUUGCCCGCUUGGCGGCGCUGCGGUAGUUACGGUCCAACAUUCAUCGUUGUAUCCGCGGGAAUAUAUAAACUUCUGUCGACAUUGACCCACUUGCUUUUCUGUAAACAGCCGGUAGUGCUUGAAGGCCUAUUUCUAUCAUGAAUUACGGAAGCUGGAAGUUGCCCAAACUGAAGACUGAGCUCAAAGCACGAGGUGCUCGAGUGUCAGGAAGAAAAAUCGAUCUGAUAGAACGACUCGAGAGCUAUGACCGAAACUGCAAUUUUGGGAGAGAGCCAGAACUUGAAGCUGAGUUUGAAAUGACACUGCCCCUAGUUGAAACUUAUAGGGAUGUAAAUGGUGACAGUCAUCUUCCUUUUUUAGCAUAUGAAGCUAUAAAUUAUUACUUACAGCCUUUUCAGAAGAAACUUGGUUCAAGUUCAAAGAAUCUGUACACUAGUAGGUUUUUGAAAUUUUUCCGUUAUUCAAAACCUAAUAACAUGUGUUUCCUGAAGUCUGAGUGCUGUGCUGAAAUGAAGAAGCAUGUGACUUACAAAGUCGAUGUUGCAAUUGAUGACGAUGGUUCUGUUGUGGAGGGGCAGUGUGAGUGUGCUGCAGGCCAGGGUCCAUCAGGACAUUUCAAACAUAUUUGUGCAGUGUUAUAUGCUGUGCACAAGUUUUCAACAACUGGCGAUGUUUUAACUGAAGAAACAUGUAUCUGA